AUGGCGGCGGCGGCGGAGCCUAUGGGGCAACAGUGGGUGCUGGUGGAGAUGGUCCAGGCCUUCUAUGAGGCUCCAGCGUACCACCUUAUUUUAGAAGGUAUUUUGAUCCUAUGGAUAAUCAGACUGCUUUUCUCUAAAACAUACAAACUUCAGGAGCGAUCUGAUCUUACACCUAAGGAAAAGGAAGAGUUGAUUGAAGAAUGGCAGCCAGAACCUCUUGUUCCUCCAGUACCAAAAGAUCACCCAGCACUGAAUUACAAUAUUGUUAAAGGGCCUCCAACUCACAACAUUAUUGUGAAUGACAAGGAAUGCAUAAACUUUGCAUCAUUUAAUUUUCUUGGGCUUUUGGAUAAUGAAAGACUUAAAAAUGCUGCCCAGGCAUCUCUGGCAAAAUAUGGUGUUGGCACAUGUGGCCCUAGAGGAUUUUAUGGCACUUUCGAUGUGCAUUUGGAACUGGAAGAGCGACUUGCCAGAUUUAUGAAGACCGAGGAAGCUAUCCUGUAUUCCUAUGGAUUUGCUACAAUUGCCAGUGCUAUUCCUGCCUAUUCAAAACGGGGCGACAUUUUGUUUGUUGAUGAAGCAGCCUGCUUUGCUGUUCAGAAAGGGCUCCAAGCGUCCAGAAGUAACAUUAAGUUUUUUAAGCAUAACGAUAUGGCUGAUCUUGAGCAUCUACUACAAGAGCAAGAGAUUGAAGAUCAAAAGAACCCUCGAAAAGCCCGUGUAACACGAAAAUUUAUUGUGGUAGAGGGGUUGUUUAUUAAUACUGGGGAUAUUUGUCCUCUGCCAGAAUUGGUAAGCAAAGUAAUUGAUGACAUUGAUCUUAUAAGUGCAAAUAUGGAAAAUUCCCUGGCUUCUAUUGGAGGAUUUUGCUGUGGACGAUCCUUUGUUAUUGACCACCAGAGGCUGUCCGGCCAAGGCUAUUGCUUUUCAGCCUCUCUGCCUCCUCUUCUAGCGGCCGCUGCCAUUGAAGCUCUCAAUAUCAUGCAAGAAAAUCCAGGUAUUUUUCAGGUUUUAAGACAAAAAUGUAAGCAAAUAUACAAAGCUUUACAAGGAGAGGAAAAACCUCAGGGGACAACAUUUCAGAAGGAUCUGAAAGUUGAGAACCAGCCUCAAAUGGGGAAAUGCUAUGCCACGCAAGACGAUGAUGAAAAUGUCCCCAAUCCAAGGAGUCAAACAGCCACAGCUGCUCAGUCUUGCCAGGUUUUAGUCAAAAUUGAUGACAUUGAUCUUAUAAGUGCAAAUAUGGAAAAUUCCCUGGCUUCUAUUGGAGGAUUUUGCUGUGGACGAUCCUUUGUUAUUGACCACCAGAGGCUGUCCGGCCAAGGCUAUUGCUUUUCAGCCUCUCUGCCUCCUCUUCUAGCGGCCGCCGCCAUUGAAGCUCUCAAUAUCAUGCAAGAAAAUCCAGGUAUUUUUCUGGUUUUAAGACAAAAAUGUAAGCAAAUAUACAAAGCUUUACAAGGGAUUCCUGGUCUACGACUAGUGGGACAGUCAUUUUCCCCAGCAUUACAUCUCCAGUUAGAAGAAAGUACUGGAUCUCGAGAAAGUGACAUGAGACUACUGAAAGAAAUUGUAGAAUAUUGUAUGAACAGAGGUAUUGCUUUAACUCAGGCUCGCUAUUUGGAAAAAGAAGAAAAAUAUCUCCCUCCACCCAGCAUACGGGUUGUGGUGACGGUAGAACAAACAGAACAGGAAUUGGAAAAAGCCGCCUCCCUUAUCAGAGAAGCUGCAGAAUCUAUACUAACCUGAGGCUGGAUUGCUUGGAUUUCUGUCUCACACAACACUAGGGUGCUGGUGUUUUCACAGUGUAAUGACUUGCACUUCAGAGAUUUAAAUUAUUUGGAUUAUCAUUUGAUGGAACUGAAAGGUGGACUUUAUUGGGUCAUUUCACACACAAAAACAGAUAUACAAAUACUGGAACACUGAACAUACACUAUAUGUAUAAAGGUUUAGCUCUAUUUUUAGAUAGUUUAAAUUGGGAAUCAUUGUUUCUCUAAUAUUUCACUUGAGCAAGAUGUCUCUGUUCUCAAAAGUCUUUCCCUAGUUUUCUAAAUGCAUAACAUUUUUUUUGAAAUAUGUUAAAGUACAUGAAAGAAUAUGAAUGUUUACAGAAUAUUCUUAAUUUAAUCAUUCUUAAUAAAAUACAGUUUUGAGCAUUUUUCAAAAAAAGAAACCCUGUUGUCAAAAUAGAUACUUAACAUGGGAUCCUAUGGAAUUAAGUAUUUAAGGAGCUUUUAUUACCCUUGUAUGUGAAUUUUUGUUUAGCUCAUUCCACCUCUGAAUUUCUUGAAAACAUUAGCUUUUUUAAAAUCUUUGUUGAAUUUAAAUUGCAUAUCUCAUAUCAUUCCAGUACCAUUAUGAGUUGCCAUUUACCUUUAUUUACUAUGUACUGAACUUUUACACCAGUGCCCCAACUACUGAUAAUGUACAGUCAUUUAAAGCCAUAAUAUGGACAUAAAGUUACCUAUUUACACUUCAUGUGGAAUAUGCAGUUUGUAUAUUAAAAGAGUAUUAUGCAAGGUUGACUACCCCUGCGUAAAGCAACAGUCUGUUAUACCUCAGAAGUUACAAUAUGCCAAUAUUCUUGUAACCUUCAAGGUAGCUGAGAUGUUGAGAUAAUUGUAAUGUGAAUUGCCACAAGUAGGGUUCCAAAGACUAUGUUUAAGAUCUUCUAAUAUGUUCAGGUUGGAUUCUUUACCCUUGUGCCUUCUUUGGUUGCUGCUAAAUGGAUUCCAGUGCUAUAUUUGGAAGUAUUUUUUUAAUAAAAACAU